AGUCGACUCCGGUCCCAGUCUCCUGCCGAGAUCGUGUUCAUUGUGUAGUGGUCGCUAAAAGUUAUCGGUAACUGUAGGUGAUUAUUCGAAUUCUUCUUCACGGAAACCAGCAUUAAGAAAUGUCAACACAAGUGGAGAUAAAAGACGAAAGUUCCUUUAAAGGUGCAAUGCUGGAUGUUAGGAGCGACGAGUCUUCCACAAACUGGAUGUUGGCUGGCCAUUGGGCAGGUAAUCCUAAUGUUGUCCACUAUGUGGCAAGUGGUGUUGGAGGUGCAACUGAGAUGAUAGAGGCACUGCAAGAUACUGAAGUCAUGUAUGGUCUUGUGCGGAUAGAAGAGUUGGUUGACAGUUAUGUGGAGAAAACUGUUAAAUUUGUGUACAUUCACUGGAUUGGAGAAACUGUUCCAUUCACCAAAAAGGGCAAGUUUGGUGUGGUGCAUGGCAGUGUUCAACAGCACUUUCAGCCCAGUCAUUGCAUCAUAGAAACUGGACAAACAACAGACUUGACUGAGGAAGCAAUGAUGAAGGUUCUCUCAGAGAACAGUGGACGAACAAACAAAGUAUUGGAAGCCUCAGCUGCUGCACAAAGACAAGAUCGAGGUUUCACCAGCAGUAGUAAUGUAAUCAAAACAGGGAAGGCUCAGAUUGGUUUCCAGGCCCCUGGUGCAGUGGCCGUGAACAUUGAUGGAUCUGUAACUGAAGCGAUAGCUGACGUACGAAGCGAUGAAACACCAGUUAACUGGUGUGUCGGUUCAUACGAAGAAAAAAAUCCCAAGAAGCCUAUAGUUUUGAGUGGUAAAGGCGCAGAUGGGUUGAAAGGCAUCCUUCCGUUGUUGGAAAGCGAUGUUGUGGCCUAUGCUCUGCUAAGAGUGAUGGAUGUUGUUGACGAAAUAAGCACCGUCAAGUUUGUGUUUAUUACGUGGGUUGGUGAAAGUGUCAAGCCAAUGACUAAAGGAAAAAUCAGUACACACAAAUCUACUGUGGAGAAGGCAUUUCAUCCUGCACACGUUACAAUAUACGCAACAUCAUUAGGAGACUUAUCCGAAGAGGAUAUCAUGUCCAAGGUUCAAAACGCAAGCGGGUCAAAGUCUCAUGUUAUGUAGUAUUAUAAAUUAUGGCGUUAGUACUGAAUUUCACGACUUUAGGUUUAGAUAAGCAAUUAUUAACUUUGAGCGAAUGAAAGAAGAACUAUAAAGUACUGGUACAUCGUACUCUUAUUAUGGUGCAAGGGAGGGACGGGAGGCUGAGGCUAUUUGCUCUCCUUUUUGGGGGUUUUGCUGAGUUGUAGAACUUAGAUAUUAACUUACUUUAAAUGGGCAGAGUUACUAACUUCGUUAUUGUUUUAGGAUGUUACUAAAAAUUUUAAUUUUUUAAAAAGUUGUGGGGUUACGAUUUCCAGGUUGUUUCCCUCUCCUCUAUUACCAUGCGUUGCUCUUAAAACCUUUUGAUAUUUUACCUACAGUAGAAAAUGUUCAUUGAAUUCAAUUUUCUGAGCGGUAUUCCGGUAUUCCCAAGACUUCUGAUUGAAAAAAUUAAUACCAAGAGAUAAGCUAAAACAACUAUUUUUAUCAUCGCAUUGAAGAGUUUGGAUAACAGAUGUUAUCUAUUGCUGAGAUCGCUGCGUCGCUCCGCCCCCUCCCCCACUCCCCUUCUUUUUUUUUCUUUCUUUUUUUUUUUUUCCUUGCCUCCACACUCCUUCUUGUCCGUCUUAGUGCGAAAACAAAUUAUGAAGUAAAGAGGACACAUGUUUGUUGAUUGCCAUUUAAUAUAAAGUGAAGGAGUGAUAUGCAAAAAGCAAAAUGUAGUAAAAUACUUGCUAGUUAGAGUUUGUAUUGAACGUAAUGUGAUACAAUAUGUGCAGGUGCAAUGAGAAGAUUGAACCAAAGAGUAACAUGGCAAUAGCUAUCUAAAUCAAUAUUUUCUUUCUGUUAUUAUUCAUUUUUACGUUUGUGUGUCGGAAAGAUAUGUUUUUCGUCGUUUUUCUAAAGUGGAAAAUAUCGUGGUGUGAUUUAAAGGAGGGUUAUUAUAUGAGCCACAUAUUUAGGAUCACCCUUUGCAGGUGAAAAUAUGUUUUAAUAAAGAUAAAUUUCACUUUUA